AUGUCCUCCUGCGUCACUAUUCUUCGAACAUCUCUCAUCUUCCAACCGGUGCUUUUUGUUUCACCCGAGCGGUUUUUGAAUAAGGAGUUUCUGUCUGCUAUCUCUGCUGGGUCAGCUGUCUCACUCGUUGUUAUUGACGAAGCACAUUGUAUAUCUGAAUGGUCUCACAAUUUCCGACCUUCAUUCAUGAGACUUAGAGCAUCACUACUUCAUAGAAGUCUUAAUGUAGGUUCUGUUCUCGCAAUGACAGCAACUGCUACAACCACAACCUUAGAUGCCAUCAUGUUUGCCCUAGAUAUUCCUUUUACAAAUCUUAUUCAGAAUGCACACUUAAGGGACAAUUUGCGUUUGUCGGCGUCUUUGAUAAAAAAUAGAAUGAAAGACCUACUGAUUCUGAUAAAGUCUCCUCCUUUUGCGGAUGUUAAAGGCAUCAUAGUAUACUGCAAAUUUCAGUCUGAAACUGAUCAAAUUAGCAGAUACUUGAAUGAUAACAAUAUCUCGGCAAAGAGUUAUCAUAGUGGUAUUUUUGCAAAGGAACGUGGCAACGUACAGGAGUUGUUUGCUUCAAACAAGAUCAGAGUGGUUGUUGCAACUGUGGCAUUUGGUAUGGGACUAGAUAAAAGAGAUGUUGGAGCAGUAAUUCAUUACAGUUUACCUGGAAGUCUGGAAGAUGAAGGAGUAGAUGAAUAUGCAGUGAAUAAAUUUCUGUCUGAAGUGUUUCCUGCUGACAAAAGCUCCUGUGGGAAAAUAUGUUCGUUAAUCAAAGAAUCUGCUUCACGCAGAUUUGACAUGAAGGAAGAGGGCAGGAACUUCGGGCAUUAUUCAGUCAGUAUGGGAGAUGAUGAGACAUGA